AUGGCUAACCGCCUAUCUCGCCUUGAGAACUCUGUGACUCGGUUGGCCUCCAUAUUCUCUACGGACCCUUCAAGAGAACGCCGAAGUGGGUCACCAUGGGAACCUCCAACAGAGAAUGAAGAAAGAAGUCACGGACGGACCCCUGGGUCUUCCAGCCCUCCCGACCCAACAGAGCAUGCCGAUCGAGACCAACCUAGUACAAAGCGUAGGCGUGUUGGAUCAGUAGCGCAGCAAUCGAAUCAAGAAGAAGAGGAUGACCAGCGGCAACCCAAUCAAUCCGAGCAGAAUUCACCCAAUGAAGCCUCAAAAACCGUACCAGAGCAUGAUUUUGCCGCUGUCACAAGAAUAGAGGCGCAGAACUUUAUCCAAGGAGAGCUGGAAGAUGGAGUGCACAUCAACACUGAAAGACGCGCAGUGCUGGAAUCCGCGCUGCAGUUCAUCAAUCAAAUGACAACCCCUCCAAAGAUCAAACAAAAUAAGCCGGGCACAGAUACCUGUAAACAAGCGUUAUCGGACGCAUUAACGCCCCCGCCCCCAGAAUUCCUGCACAUGAUGCUUACUGAGGCCUAUAAACCGACGAAGCGGCCAAGCCUUCUCACGGCGGAUGCUCUGGAUUACUCAACCUUCAUAUCACGCGUAUCUAUGGAGAAAAUGAGCGUAGGAUUGAUCAAAAAAGAUGCGGACGAGGUAACCCUUGUUCAAUAUGCACUGUGCGUUAAUGCCUUUGCCUUUUCUUUUUUGCAUUCCCUUGGUGAGCAAGGCGAAAGCCAAGCUCUACAAGAGCAGCUUCUCGAAACUAGAGAAGCGUAUCUCCGAAGAGCGCGCAUUGCCAUGAACUAUAUUAACAUUCUGACCACCCCGAAUCUACUGCUUCUACAAGCUCUUUUAGCAGGUGCUAUCCUUUGCCAGAAGCUUGGCGAUACCUCCACAGGUUGGGUACUUAUAGCGACGGCGUCCCAUAUCUGCGUCACGCUCGGUCUACCUGAAGGACACUCAACUGCUGAUUUACCUAUAGGCGAGAAUCUUGAAGCCCCAGGAUGUUUCAUUUGGAUCUAUAUCAUGGAUAAAGGACUUUCUCUCAGCCUCGGACGUCCUGUCUCCUUGCCUAUCAUGAGCAGCCCAGUGGAUACGCUUAUUCCACUUGAUUUGGGCGUUCCUCGCUCAGCUAUCUUGUGGACUUUGCUGCAACUCGCCAAAAUUCAGGGCUCUUUUCUUACCGAAGUGCAAUUUCAGCUAGACAAGGAGCGGAAGGCUACCAGCAUCAACUCGUUGAAGCAACAGAUGUUCCAACUCAAGAACAAAAUGGCAGAGAUACGCACAACUUCUCCGCACUCUACCGUCCCUGAUUACAUCUAUGAAUGGAUGGCAACGGACUUCAUUUACCAUUCGCAAAUGACUGUAAUCCUACGCUCCGGCAACGAUGGUAUUGUCAGCGACAUCCUCAAAGGCGAGCAAUGCCUGGAGCACGCCCGACGAGCCUUCCAAUCCCUCAGCGAUCUCAAAAAGUACCUCGCGGCAGGGGUAUCCAACGCCAACAGCCGGCGCUGGCCAUCCUUCAUGUCCUGGACGGUACUCUACUACCCCCUCCGCCCGUUCUUCGUCCUCUUCUGCAACGUCGUCGCCACCUCGCACGCCGCCGACUACGACCUCAUGAAAGACUUCGUCAGCCACCUGGCCGACCUCCCCCGCGUCAACCAAGCCGGCCCCCGCCUCGCAAAACUCUGCACCACGCUCCUAGCCCUCUGCAAGCCGCUCGUCGAGCCCCACAGCAACAGCACCAGCACUCACCCGAACCAACCCCACGGCCCCAACACCUCCGCCACUACCACAAACCAUCACAGCCAACCACAGCAGCAGCAGCAGCAGCAGCAGCAGCAGCAGCAGCAGCAAGCCCCACAAAGACCCCCAACCGCCUCCGCCGCGCCAAGCAUCGGCCCCCCUGCCCCUCCCUCCCGUCCCACCGCGCCAGAAGAUACUCGCCCGCCAGGCCUCGGCCUCCCAUGGUUCCCGCCCUAUCUGAUCAGCAGCAUCGCCGACGCAAGAGCGCGCGAAGAAAACAACCACCAGACCAGCUCCAACGAGGAAAUGUUCUCGGCCCUGUUCGACGUGCAGCCCUCGAUGGACUGGCUGCGCGCGGAUCUGUUCGGCCAGAGCGAGGACUGGUCUGGCUUUGAUGCUAGCUUUGACUUGCUGUAG